UGACAUUGACUGUAAAAUUUCAAAACAAAUUCAGCUGCUUCAGGCUUCAGCUUUUCUAUUUCAGAUUGAAAGAAAUAAAAAUGUAUCUGGCAAAGCUGCACGCUAAAAUUAGGAUAUGUUUUGUUUGUUUUUUACUGUGAUGUGAUGUUUGUCGUCGCGAUUGUGGGCGCAUCUCCCCUAUAAAUAAUGUAACCGAAUGUUGAAUGGAUAUUUUUAGAUUCGCAGGUAGAACUAGUUAAGACUGGAGCCAAUAUUUUGAGCUUACUUGCGUAGCUGAUCGCUAGCAAUUUUACAUUCCACACAUCUGCGAAUACGCAGCAGACUUCCUGAGUUAUAUCAUAAGGUUUCAAUAACUAAAUAACCUAGAAGUUAAUUACCGUUAUACCUCAGUAUAAAGCAAUAUAAUUAUAAAAUUAAUAUGAAAAAUAAGUUCAAGAUAGGCAACACAGCGGUGAAAGCCGGUGAUCUUAUUUUAACGGAAGAACCAUUUGCCUAUGUGUUGUCUUCUAAGGAAAAUGGAAACCGAUGUGAUAAUUGCCUUAAACAAUGCAAAGUACUCAAGUGUUCAGUCUGUCAGUUUGUCCAUUACUGUGGGAGAACUUGCCAAAGGGAUGCUUGGAAUGAUCAUAAGUGGGAAUGUUCAAAUCUGAAGAGAGUAGCACCAAAAGUCGUCCCUGAUGCAGCCCGCAUGUUGGCGAAGAUCAUUCAUCGCAUACAGCGUGGCGAUGGCGGCACUGUCAAGGCAUUUUAUAAUGACACCUCGUUUAGGAUGUGGAAAGACCUUAUGUCUCAUUACACAGAUUUGAAAGCAGACAAAAAGAGGAUGGAUCACUUCACUUCACUGUGUGUAGUACUUUUUGAAUUCUUAAAAGACAUUUCAAUGCCUAACACUGUUGAGUUGAUGGGGUUGUAUGGAAGAAUGGUUAUAAACAGUUUCACGAUACUGGACAUAGACAUGAACUCGAUAGGCACCGGCGUCUACUUGGCCUCCUCCAUCAUCGACCACAGCUGCAACCCCAACGCCGUCGCCACAUUUGACGGGAAGACAAUCAACAUUCGAGUUACGAAAGACAUGCCUUGUUUGGAUUGGAAGAAGAUCCGUAUAUCCUACAUCGACAUGAUGAAGACCCCCAUAGAGCGUCAGACGGAGCUGCAGCAGAACUAUUACUUCUUGUGCAUGUGUGACAGGUGCAUGGAUGAAAACCACUUAAAAUACGUCCACUCGGCAAAAUGUCUCAACUCCAAAUGCAAUAAUCCUGUGAACAUACCUUGGAAAGAAAACUUAGUGUUAGUCAAGAAACCUGAAAGAAAAAUUGAGAAAACAAUAGAAAAUGGAAUAUGUGACGAAAAAGCUACUACUAUUAAUGGAGAAAACACAAAUGACAUUGCUAAAGACUCAGUACAAAAAUGUGAAAUAAACAAUGAUAUAGGAUUAGAAAAAGUAGAAAAUGUAGGAGCAAACAAAAAUGGAGAAUAUGGUGAGAAAAUUACAAAUGGUAUUGAUAAAAUGGAGAAUAAAGUGCAAGACAAAGGCAUAUGUUGUGAGGAAUGUAAUACAGAAUAUACAGAAAAACAUGUUGAAGUGUUUGUGAAGACUAUGGAAUUUAGUGAACUACAUUUACAGAAUAUGAAGGAAACUUCUGUAGCGUAUGUGGACAUAUGUAAAUACUGUCUUGAAAGGCAAGAAGGUGUAUUGCACCCCCUCAAUGUGAUGUAUGCGCAAACUCUCGACAACGCUUUUGAUGCUCUGAUACAAGUUCAGUUGUGGGAGACUGCCCGCGGCUAUGCUGAGAAACUUAUACCAUGUUUUAGAUUUUACUAUGGCAAUGUGCAUCCUUUAGUGGGUUUGCUACAUUUAAAGUAUGGAAAGAUUUUGUUGUACAAAAUGUGUCUGCAAGAGGCAUUCAGUCAGUUCCAACAAGCGGAAAAGAUAUUAAAAAUCACACACGGAGAAAGACACCCUUUAUACAGGGAACACUUACUGCCACUGAUCAGCCAAACUAUUUUAGAAUCAGAAUAAUUUCUUGAUUUAUCAAGAAUUAAUUAUAAGAUCCAAUAAUUAUUUCUAUUAAACUAACAUUUUUAGUGUAGGUAAAUAGCAUUUCCUAUAAAUAAUUAGAUUGUAAGCGUCAUAAAAUUGUUAAGGUUAUUUCAAAUAGUCAAUUAUUUGUCAUCAAGCAAUAAGGCUGUGUAUGCAAUACAAUGUAUUUGUUUUAAGUUUAGAUGAAUAGAGAAUUUAAAACCAA